AUGUUGUCAAGACGAGAGAAGCUGUUAGUCCAGCCGUGGCAAGACCGCCGCUACCAGGACCACAGGGCGAAGGUGAGUCGCUCGCGGCCGGCCGUCGACUGUUCCCGGCCCGCGCCCCGCCCGCACGUGCGGGUGAAGGCGGACCUUCGCCGGCGGGAGGACGAGCGAGCGACGCGACUCUUGGAUGACAACUACCGCCUGCUGCAGAGACUCGCACACAUCAUGACCCGCAACAGACUCGACAACCGAUGGGACAAGCCGCUGCCUAAUUUCCAUCGUAAGGUCGGUCGUUUCUCCGCCGCUGCGUGUCGCGCCCCCUCCCCGUCUCCUGACCUUCCUCCAGUCAGCGUCAAGUGCUAUGCGUGCGAGUUUCGUAAGAUGCGUACGCGCCACUUAAACGUUAAAGCUAUUCCACUGUCGUCCGUCGUCCGUCACGGAGCCGUUACAACUAAAACGAAAUUCAAACAUCACAAGAGUCCGGAGCCGCCGACCUCACGACACCACGACGACACGACACACGACACGACACGGCGCUCCGGUGUUUAUAUAUACAGGGGUACGUCCCGCGGGAGGGCGGUGGACGCGUGUGUGUGUCGCGUGUCGUGUGUGUGA